CCUUGCGCGGUAAAAUGGCGGCGCAGUUAACGGACGCGGAAUUGUGUUCGGAACUGAGAAGACUCGGUGUGGUGCCGGGCCCGGUCACCGAGAACACCCGGCCCGUCUACAUAAAGAAGCUCAAGAAGCUGCGCGAGGAGCGUGGCGCGCGGCCCAAGACCAGGAACGGCGGCGGGGCAGGCCAGGGCUCGGGCCUCAGCGGAUCUAGCGCCAGCGUCACUGCUCCCCCCGUAUCCCCGAGCAAGCUGCUGGGCUUCAGCUCGGACGAGUCGGACGCCGAAGCCAACGGGCGGAGCGAGGCGAGCCGGCGAGCGGGCAGAAUGGAGAGAGCUUCUGGUGACUACCCCCGUCCGCGGCCUAGCAACAGCCGAGCGAGGAGCACACCGCAGAGAAUGGUGAGCAGCAACAAUAACGGCGACGCGGGGGCCUCGGCCGGCAGAAACAACUCCACCCCCUGGUGGAGGCCGAGUCCGAGCCGAGGCUCCCAGCAGCAGCCAGAGGAAGAGGAACAGCCACCGGGAACCGAGCUGCAUGCUAACAACAACGGCGGUGGCAGCACCGGCAGGGUCUCCUACAUUAGGGAUGGCAAUUACUCCGACUCCGAGGAUGAACGAGCGGAGCGGGGCCGGAGGACGAACUCCAGACGGAGCCAGUCUAAGAAGUUGCUGGCCAUGUCAGGCACGGUUAAUAGCAGUGAUUCGGCGGAGGAAAGCGGCGCUGGGAGGAGAGGCGGCGCCAGGCGGAUCUACGACGUCGCCGACGGUUUUGGCUGUCUAGACACAAGAAGCCAGCUGGAGGUGGAGGAUCAGAGGCAGGAAGACGCCAAAGAAGAGCCCACCAUGUUAUUGCGGUUCCGUAGUUCCACUUCCAACAAGACUAGCCCUGGAAUAUUGGCAGCAGAGAGGGAGAGUCUUUAUAACAGCACCAGAAACGACAAUCACAUCGGUCCGACUGGUCCAUCCAUCCACAACAGUAAUGUUCUCACCAGUAAAAGCGGUCCCUCGCCAUCUCUUCUCCUCGAUGCCAAUCACUCAAACCACACAGGCAUUAACCAAACCUACAGUACUUAUAACCGUAAAAGCCCUAGAGAACCUGAGGAGGAACUAUUGCAGCAGUUUAAACGGGAGGGCGGUUCGGCGAACGGUGGAUUCAGUGCACACUACCUAUCCAUGUUUCUUUUGACUGCUGCUUGUCUGUUUUUCCUUGUUUUGGGACUUACAUAUAUAAGAAUGAGGGGUUCAGGAGGACCAGAGGAAGGAAUUCUUGAUGACAAACCACAGCCAUUUGGAAAGGAUAAUGAGGAGGCUGAAGAAAAAAAGAUAAUUUUGAUUAUUCUUCAUCGAUUGCAUAGUCAUCUUGCAAAAAUAGCAGGAGAAUAUGAUUGUGGUGACCAUGUUCAUUAUAAAAACAGAAGUCUAUCUGUCCAAGGUGCUGCUGAAUAUGUAACUGAUCUUGAUCCCAAUUAUGGAGAUAAAUUUAAUGGUUCACUCCAGUGGAUUUUACAAAGUACUGAUGACUUGGGCAUAAAGUUACUUGGCAAUGACUCAGAAGUAAAGGUAAAUAAUGUGAGUGAAGUACUGUACCUGGAAUCUACCCAUCCACAGAUGUCUUUCAUUUGCCGUUUCCGCCGUGCAUUCUUAACAGUACUUCACAGAAUGUUUAUCUUCCUUGUUGGUGUUGGAAUAGUUUGGGGAGUGCUUCAUUACAUGAAAUAUCGUUGGAGAAAGGAAGAAUCAGAGACCAAACAGAUGUAUGACAUGGUGGAAAGAAUUAUAGAUGUUUUAAAAAGCCAUAAUGAAGCCUGCCAAGAAAAUAAGGAUUUGCAGCCCUAUUUACCUAUUCCCCACGUACGUGAUUCUUUAAUAUCACCUCAGAAUAGGAAAAAAAUGAAGAAGGCAUGGCAAAGAGCUGUGGAUUUUGUAGAAACCAAUGAGUCCCGUAUUCGGAAAGAAACUCAAAGAAUAGGAGGAGGAGAUAUCUUAGUAUGGAGGUGGAUGCAGCCGUCUUCAACUUGUGAUAAGGUUACAGUUGUGCCAUCAAAAGUAUGGCAAGGAAAAGCUUUCCACCUUGAUGGUAGAAAUUCGCCACCUAAUAGUUUGACACCCUGUUUAAAGAUCCGCAACAUGUUUGACCCAGUCAUGGAGAUUGGGGAUGACUGGCAUGUUGCAAUCCAAGAAGCAAUUCUAGAAAAAUGCAGUGACAAUGAAGGAAUUGUUCAUAUUGCAGUAGAUAAAAAUUCACGUGAGGGUUGUGUCUAUGUAAAGUGUCUCUCUCCAGAAUAUGCUGGCAAGGCUUUUAAAGCACUUCAUGGCUCAUGGUUUGAUGGAAAGCUAGUGACUGUAAAAUAUCUGAGACUAGACCGCUACCAUUAUCGUUUCCCUCAGGCUGUCCAUUGCAACACUCCCUUGAAACCAUCAAAUAGGUACAUGAAUUCAAUGUCACAUCUGCGUCUUCUAACCAACACAGCAAACUCUCAAGGAGCCUCAUGAGACCUCUGCUACUCCUGCCAGUACUGUUAUACUGCAGCAGGAGAAGUCCUGCUUGAAUGCUCUGUCUUCCUUUUUACUGCUUUUAUAUGUACACUUUUUGUAUUAUAAGGACUGCAUCUUUUGUGUAAGAUGCCAGGAAGCUGAAGAAAAUUUCCAAAGGAGCUAUCUGUAGCAUUGGUGUAUUGGGAUUAUAAAAUAGUUGUCUAGAAGUGAAAAAAUGAGGCAUGGCUUCCAUGCAGUUGUUAAUUCGUGGAUAGGACAUGAACUGUUUUGUUUACUGAAAGUUAAGAAUGAUAUUUUUAGGUACAUUAGACAUUAAUCAUGUAGAUUAAGUCCAAGUAGUAUUUGACAAUGGCUACAUGAAAGGGCACCAACGGGUUUAACUUGACUGCUCAAAACCCAUUUUCCAUUUUCGGAGUCGUGAUUUGCAGUGGGUCAGAAGUAAAUGUAUACAAGUAGUUUGGCACAGGACAGGGCAACCAGCUGAAAGCUACAGAUAGCAUAGUAGGAAGACUAGCGGAGUACUAACAGUACACAAAAUAUACAAGUGCAUUUCAACUGUCUUGAAUAAAUUUGAACGCUACUCAGAACAACUUUAUAAUGUAGCUGUCUGCUUACCAAUAAGAUCUGAUUUUAUUUUUGUGCACUUGGCAUGUCUGGAUUAAAAUGGUACCAUCUACAGAAAGGAGAAAACCAGCAGUGUUGCAUAAUGCACCAAAAUUUACAAAAUGACCAAGUGCAGAUUAUUACAAAAUGCAAUUAAAGCUACUUAUGUAUUUUAAUUCACAACUUUAUCUGUCCCUCAGUAUAUAAAUAAAAGCAACCUAUUUGACGGAACCAUUUGCAAAAUGAGUAUAGUUUGGCAUAUAAUCCUACUUUUAUUGAUUUUUAUUCUGAAUUUGGAUCGUAUUCUGCAGUUUCAGACAGUGUUUCAGCAUGGUAUUGCACAAAUGCACAAUUUACUUAAUAAACAUGAUGCACACUGCCUGCAGCAGAGCCUUACUGUGCCUUACCUCUGUGUGCUUGAUACUGGCACUGUUUCGAACAGGAAUGUAGUUUAAUCCCAGUUUUAAAAUGUUCCAUUUACAAAUCUGAAGAGCUUCUGUACAGCCUUUGUUGCACUUUGGUUUAAACAGUAGUACUAAAUUAAAGUGAGGAAACUCGCUGUUCCUUGAGUGCAUUGUGUAAUGGUAUUGAUAUUGUUCAUGUUGGGCCAAUCCCUCGUGCACCUGACUGAUCUGUUGUAAGAGUGGAAGUAUGUGGAUGUGGCAUUUUUUUUUAAAAGGGCACCGCUUGAUGCAGAUGCAUCUUUGAAUUUUCCAGCUUCUCUGAUGUAUUUCAUUUUAUGUAAACAUUGUACAUUUAUAUAUUGUAAUAUGUACCAUUAUCCAGCUUAUUUUGCUUAUAACUGUUAAGAUUGACAAUAUCCCAACCUGCAAGACAGAUGGGAAGGUGUAUAAUAUCCAGAAGUUCAAAGUUCAGAUGUUUAAUGUAAUUUGUCAUUUGUCUUGUACAAAACAACUCUAAUUAAAGGUUUACUAGGGGUUUUUAAAAUACUAGUAUUUGUGUAUAUUACUUGCAAUCUUUAUUAAGAUUUGUAUUAUCUUGCCAUAAGCACCUUCAAAGUAAAACAUUUUCUAAGUUAUUGUACAGUGACUGUUGAACAACUUGUUUUUAUAACAAAAUAUUCCAGCAGGGGAAUUGCGUUUCAAUUUCACUUCAAAGCAUUUCACAAUCAGUAUAUUUACUUUGAAAACUUCUGUUUAACUAUAAGUAACAGGCAGCUUGUACAGCCAUGCCUCUUACACCAGAUAUAUUUCUGGAGGUGCAAGAGACUGCAAAUGCUGCUCAAUCUCCUUAGUUCCUCCAACAGACUGUUACAUUUCUGGGGGUGAGUGGGUUAGAUACAUUGAUCAAACAAAUUUUGAUGUUUUGCAUUAUCCCUGAAUUAAACAACUUGGUAUUAGUUAUCUUACAAUAAGAUGACAGCUGUUCUUAACUCCAAUGGAUAUAGUCAAGUUUUACUCGUAAGGCAGCCCCCAUCGUCCUAGGAUUCAACAUAGUAAACGCCAAUGAUUGCGCAGGAUAUCCCUCCUUGAAUAAGGAGACAAACUGUUUAGUUCUCCAAAUGUAGUUAUACCAUUGCCCUGUACAGUGCUAACAAUGUUUUCUGUAUGUUAUCCCCCUUUGACAAAAAUCAAUGCCAAGAACUCUUCAAAAAGCUGAUGGGAGACACCAUAUAGAAUAUAUUUUGGAAAUUUUGUUUUACCCUAAAUCAUGUAAUAAGUCUUUAUCUUCACCAUCUGUAUGUGACUGGUAAUACUGACAUUUAUUAUCCAUAGUAAUUUCUGCUACCUGGUAGUUGAGCAUCAACCACAUUGGGUUGCAGGUAAAUGUAACGUGAUGGUCCAAUGGCUUCUUGGCUACCAUUGCUGAGAUUGUGUGUGUUUUUAUUAUUAUUAUUUAAUUAAAUUAAAUUCCCCUUUGAGAUUUCAACUAGUGUCUUGAUCAGUGGUGUUAACCUAGUGUACAAGGCACUUGGUCUGGAUCAAGUGUGGUUAAGAAGUAGGAGCUAAGAUAGAAGAAGUGGUCAGAUUAGUUCUGAAAGAUUUUUGGAAGGAAUGUAAUAGCUUAAGAGAUUCAUGGAUGCAGAGUGAUGGCUUUGUACAACAGGGAGCAUGAAGUGAACUGCAAAAUCCCUGUUUCAGUUUAGAUAUAUUUGUAGUACAGAAUUGUAAAUUCAGGUCUACAUUUUGCAUAAACACUGCAUUCUCCUCUCUGGAAGUGAAAUUUAAUUAUGCAGCUUAUCAGUGAAAUACCAUAGAUGGAAAAAUAUGCAGGGAAUUUCAUUUGCAAUGUGUGCAUACAAAUUUCAUGUGUGUGUUAAGAAUGCCAAUGAAGUGACCUCAUUCUACAAAAUGUGUUUAGAAUGUUAUCUGGUGACCUGGAGUGGUAUUUACUACUUCAGAUGAAUUAUUGAUUCCACACAAAAUUAGCAAGAUUUUCACAGCUCUCCAAUGAUGCUAUGUUAUUUAAAGGUGCACUCAUUUUAUAUACGCCCCUGAAUUCUACUACUGAGCUCUCAGCAGGCUGAUUUGAUUGAAAGCAUUUCUCUAAUCACUACUGUGACUCAAUGGGUGACACCUCUGCAUCCAAAACUUUUUUCUAGCUUGUGUAUUUCGGUAAUGAUUCAGUGAUGAUCCUAUGGGUGUGUUGCAGAGCAGAAAUGCCAAGGCACCAAGGAACGGGUGCAAGAAGAGCUCAGAUCUACCCUUGCUUCUGUUUCAUCCUGUUCAAGGGACAUUGUUCACUGAGGUCAAGAUUUUCUAAAUGGAGCUUCCUAGCCUCUAGAUCAUUUUAGGUGGCCAUGGCGGACCUGUGUUACGUUUCAGAGAUUACUAUCCACUACUUCAGUAGGUGUUCAAAGAAAUACAACUUUUACCAUCAGUGGAGUGCAUGAGAUUAUGGAGGUAGAUGGAUUUAUGCACUUUUUGGACAUUGAACAGGAUGAUGUUUGUGUCAAAGCAUGUCAUGGUAUUACAGGGAAGAUGUUAACAUGGAUAGAGCAUUGGCUGAUUAGCAGGAGGCAAAGAGUGGGAAUAAAGAGGGCUUUUUCUGGGUGCACAUACAAUGCUGGUGGA